CGAAGCAGCCAUAAAGGAGGCUCCACACACAGCCGUCUGGAAGGAAUUAGACAGCAGUGGCAGAGAGACUUUUGGCCACUUCACUGCGCUCUGUGUAACCUGGAUGCUUGGGGAAACUAUAGACUUACCUACAUGCCCCUCAAGACAGCAACAUACAAAUGAUCUGGCUCACAUUUAAUUAUCAGAGUCAUUGCUGGAAACUUCUUUUUUUUAUUAUUAUUAUUAUUAUUAUUAUUAUGAUCAUGAUUGACGCUGCCAGAGUGGAUGGCUUUUUUUGUAACUUUUAAAAACUUAGAAAAUAUGAAUGAAGCUGCCAGACGUUGAUGGAGAAAAAUAUUUAUCAUUUUUGCAUAUUCUACUCUUUAUUUAUACUUUUUUAUAUGAAUGAUGCCAAAGUUGACUGACAUGAUGUCUGUGCUUGUGCACCUAAGAAGCCUGCGGUGUAGCGUUAAUGACUGCAGACAGACUUUUAGAAACUAGUGAGGACAUCAGUCGUGAAUAUUUUUGAGCAUCCAGCUGAGCAAACUUAGGGGAACGUGCACGUUUCUCUUCUUAUUAAUGAGGAUCAAUGUCAGCGGAUUCAUGAGACACAUUACUACACAAGUGUCCUUUCAAACUUUGUCGAGACUUUUUCUCCCUGUGGAGCGGUACCAUAGCCGCCGGAGCUGACCGCAUCCUUUCCCAAGGACUACGAGAGGACAACAGCUGCUUCAAGAUGAGAUGUCAGAGAGUCCUCACCUACCUGAGGAUAUGUGGGACAACCAUGUUCGGCGUGUCCCUCCUGGUGGGCAUCUCCACAGCCUACAUCAUGGGCUACCAGUUCUUCACCACAACCCGCAAUCACGUAUCCUUCGGGCUGUACGGCGCCAUUUUGGUCGUCCACCUCAUUAUCCAGAGCCUCUUUGCGCUAUUAGAACAUCGAAACAUGCGGCGGUCCUUAGAGACGCCGAUCAAACUGAAUAAGUCCUUGGCGCUGUGCAUUGCGGCGUAUCAAGAGGACCCAAACUACCUGAGGAAAUGCCUGGUGUCGGUGAAGAGGCUGACGUACCCGGGGAUCAAAGUGAUCAUGGUGAUCGACGGGAACACGGACGAUGACUUGUACAUGAUGGAGAUUUUUAAAGAGAUCAUGGGAUGGGACGCAUCGGCCACGUACGUGUGGCGGAGUAACUAUCACAGCAGGGGGCCCAAGGAGACGGAUGAGAGCUACGCCGAGAGCCUCCAGCAGGUCUCCAGGCUGGUGCUGAACAACAAGUGUGUGUGCAUCAUGCAAAAGUGGGGAGGAAAGAGAGAGGUCAUGUAUACAGCCUUCAAAGCACUGGGGAGGAGCAUGGACUAUGUGCAGGUGUGUGACUCUGACACUAUGUUGGACCCAGCAUCAUCGGUGGAGAUGGUGAAGGUUCUGGAAGAAGACCCUAUGGUGGGAGGCGUUGGAGGAGAUGUGCAGAUCCUAAACAAGUACGAGUCGUGGGUCUCCUUCCUGAGCAGUGUUCGGUACUGGAUGGCCUUCAACAUUGAGCGGGCUUGCCAGUCCUACUUUGGUUGCGUGCAGUGCAUCAGUGGGCCUUUAGGAAUGUACCGGAAUUCGCUCCUACACGAGUUCCUUGAGGACUGGUACAAUCAGACUUUCAUGGGAUCCCACUGCAGUUUUGGAGAUGACCGCCAUCUCACAAACAGAGUUCUAAGCCUUGGGUAUGCAACCAAAUAUACUGCUCGAUCAAAGUGUCUCACCGAGACGCCGAUCACAUACCUGCGGUGGCUCAAUCAACAGACUCGAUGGAGUAAGUCAUAUUUCAGAGAAUGGCUAUACAACUCAAUGUGGUUCCACAAACACCAUCUAUGGAUGACUUAUGAGGCUGUGAUCACGGGUUUCUUCCCGUUUUUCCUCAUUGCCACUGCAAUCCAACUCUUCUACCAAGGAAGGCUCUGGAAUAUUCUGUUGUUUCUGCUCAUUGUGCAGGCAGUGGCGCUGAUCAAGGCCUCGUUUGCCAGCUGCCUCAGAGGUAACAUUGUCAUGGUGUUCAUGUCGUUCUACUCUGUACUGUACAUGUCAAGCCUGUUGCCAGCCAAAAUGUUUGCAAUAGCAACAAUCAACAAGUCUGGAUGGGGGACCUCUGGGAGGAAAACGGUAGUGACAAACUUCAUUGGUCUGAUUCCUAUAUCAGUUUGGUUCACCAUCCUCUUCAUUGGGAUUAUCUACACAGUUGUCCUGCAGACUAGAAAACCCUUUCCUGAAUCAGAGAAGAUUGUUCUGGUCGUAGGAGCAGUCGUGUAUGCCAGUUACUGGGUCAUACUGUUGACGUUGUAUACAGUGCUCAUAAAUAAGUGUGGGAAGAGGAAGAAGGAAACAGACUAUGAUAUGGUGCUGGAUGUAUGACUGACAGUCAUCAUUUUCCACUGAUCUCUCUUUGACUCUCUUUCGCUCAUAUCUAUGAUGUUGUAAUACAAAGGUUUUUCAGAUGCGGAGCAACUCUGGAGGCAAAAUUGGUUUAAGUUCAACCAAAAUUGGCAAAUAACCAUGUUUUUUUUCAAACUUGAAUGGAAAAAUGUAUAAUAAUAUAUAUGACACUGGCUGUUUUUCAUGUUCAUUCAUUUACCAUAGCAUUAAUGACCUUGGAACAGCAUGCUAGCAAAGUAGCUUACCUAGAUUUCUAGGCUUUCUAGGCUUUCUAGGCUUUGUAAUAUUUGCUACCUCUUACCCCUGAAUUCUGCCAGGUGCAUCUGCGCUGUGUUCCGGUGGCCCCACGGCCGACGGCAGCAAUUGCGGCCACUCAAGCCAAUGCUUGUAAUUCCACCAUCCCAGAAGCAUCCAAGAAUGGCUCUCCGCUCUGAUCUGCUUAAAAUACGCGGCAGGUCUAUUAUUGACAGAACCGCAAGGCGUUCAACAGGCCGUGCAGGAAGUGGAAAGCAUUUGGUCAAUUUUCUAAAUAAACACCCUGUAAAGACUCCACAUCGUAUAUCACAUCACCACACUAUUUUAACAACUAAAACACAACCACAAAUCUUUGAUCCAUGUCGUUCAUAACAUGACUAAAUGGUACUUCCAGGAAAAAUGACCAAAACAAUCGAAUCUGCGAGUCAGGCAGGCAAAACGCACUGCUUCUGAGAUGUGGUAUAACGCACGGCCGAAGAUUGAACAAAACCAAAGCGCAGUCAGAAUGCGACGCAUCUGUACCUGGUGGAAUUCCAGGGUGACCCAUGUCAUUUUCACUGGGCUUCAGUUUAACAUUUGCAACUUAGCCAAAGAAACUGUAGAUUUUAUCGCCAUCCAUUGGGGUUUAACUUGACCAGUAAGAUAUAAGAUUUUACCUCCAGAGCGUCAUUGUUUCUCCACGAAAUGUUUGUACACCCUGACUAGGAACAACACCACAUAGCUUCAAGUUAAAGUCAAACUGAAACCACCAGUGCCCUGCUGUGCCAGACUGUCUCCACUGUCAAGGAUUACAUUGUUAACUCUAAAAGAGAGGCUACUGCCUAUCUAGUGAGUAGGGGUGGGGAAAAAAAAUGUAUUCUCUCUAGAACGAUUCGAUGCUCGAUUCUGAGUUAAUAAUCAAUUAUUGAAAAAAAAGUUACUGUCUCCAGACCUCUCCGAGAACCAUCACCUUAUCGUGGUGGAGAGGUUUGUGUGUCCCUGUGAAUCUGAGGGCUGUGUUGUCUGGAGCUUGGUGCUCCUGGUAGGGUCUCCCUUGGCAAAGUGGUUUCAGGUGAGGGGUCAGACAAAGAAUGGUUCAUAAACCCCUAUGAGUCAUCGGGGAAGAGGUGAAGUUACCCUGCCCGGAGGAAGCCCGGGGCCCCCGUCUGGAGCCAGACCCAGAUGGAGGGCUCGUCAGCGUGCGCCUGGUGGCAGGGUUUUUCACGGAGCCCGGUCGGGCACAGCCCGAAAAAGCAACGUGGCACCUCCCUCUCCAUCCCAUGGGCCCACCACCUGUGGGAGGAACCGCUGGGGGCGGGUGCGCUGCCACACGGGUGGCAGUGAAGGACAGGGGGCCUUGACGGACCAGACUCGGGCGGCAGAGGCUGGCUCUUGGGACGUGAAAUGUCACCUCUCUGUGGGGGAGGGAGCCAGAACUAGUGUUAAUUUUGUCACCUAUUUUUAAUUUAGUCUUAGUCUUAGUCUUGUGCCACACA